GGGACGGCCAUACUAUUGAACCGUACUUGAUGACUACGGUGAGUAUCUCGACCAUGGGCCUUAUACAUAUAUAAGAGGCAAGAAUCUUGUUAGUUUGACUGGACAGCCACCAUUACAUCUUUCGCAACAGUGAUUUCUUCAACAUACCUUUUUCUUCUUUUCAGCUCCCAUCGUUUUAUUCAUCUUCAAACCAUGGUUAGCCUUACACUUAUACUUGCCUUUUUGGGCACAGCUCUCGCCAGCCCUACGCCUCAGCGGCCAUCUGUGACCAUCAAGAAUGGCACCGUGGUGGGCAGAUCCGCCAACCAAGUAGACAGUUUCAUUGGCAUUCCCUAUGUUCAACCUCCUGUGGGAGAUUUGCGUCUUCGCCAACCUCGAUCCAUUGAGAAGCCCUUUGGAACCCUUCUUCUUCCCCAGGUAGCUCCAGCCUGCCCGCAAAUGAACAUGUCCAGCGUUGAUACUACCGGUGUCGACAAGCAGGGAGCCGCCAUCAUCGACGAGCUCUCUGCAAACUUCACCGGUACCUCAUCCGAAGACUGCCUGACGCUCAGCAUCCAAAGACCCGCUGGUAUCCCUCUCGACAAAAAGCUCCCUGUGCUCUUUUGGAUCCAUGGUGGCGGCUGGUCCAUUGGUACGACGCAGUGGUACGACGGAACCGCUAUUGUUCGCAAGAGCGUCGAUAUGAACGAGCCUGUUAUCUUUGUGGCGGCCAAUUAUCGUUUGAAUGCCUUUGGGUAUCUCCACGGCCGACAGCUCCAGGAGGACAAGAGCACGAAUCUCGGCAUGCGCGAUCAGAGGAAGGCCAUGGAAUGGGUAGCCGAAAACAUUGGUGCAUUUGGCGGUGACCCCGACAAAGUCACUAUAUGGGGCGAGAGCGCUGGCUCGGCAUCUGUUCUCGACCAUAUGCUUGCCAAUGACGGCGACCACCAGUACAAUGGCAAGCCUCUUUUCCGUGGCGCUAUAAUGAACUCGGGCUCAAUUAUCCGCACGCAGAAUUCCACCUGCAGCAAGGCUCAGGAUGUGUUUGACGGUGUUGCAAAGGCGUCUGGUUGUGACCCAGCUGAAAAAAACGUUCUUGAAUGCUUGCGCAAGGCCCCCUUUGACGUCUUCAACGCGGCCAUGAACUCGGUGGACAACUUUAUGACGGAGCGCAGCAACGAUCUGGCCUAUCUUCCUCGACCUGACCCCUCGGACACCUUCUUUGGGGAGUAUCCUGAAGUUUCCAUCGCAAAGGGCAAAUAUGCUCGAGUGCCCGUCAUCAUGGGCAAUCAGCAAGACGAGGCAACCGUCUUUGCAGUGGCGCAGCGCAACAUUGUCAACUCGACCGAGACCCUCGCCGACUUCUUCCACUCAUGGUUGCCGUAUACAGACCGCAAGACCAUCGAGCAACUAAUCGACACUUAUCCCGAUGAUCCUGCCGCUGGACUUCCCGUCGAUACUGGGUCGCAGUACGAGCUGUACCCGCAAUUCAAGAGAAAUGCUGCCAUUCAGUCCGACCUGACCUUUAUCAUGGGCCGUCGCGAGGCUCUCUCGCACAUGGCACAUGCCAUCCCCGCCUGGAGCUACCUUUCUACGUAUCUUCAUGAUUUGCCCCAGUUUGGCACGUACCAUAUUUCGGACCUGGCCACUCAGUUCUCGCUCAAGGUGAACCCGUACGCGGGCGAGAAGAUGGAUGCUGCUUACAUCCAGUUUGUUAACCAUCUGAACCCGAAUGGGCGGAACUGCCCCGAGCAGUGGUGGCCAAAAUGGGAUAACAAGCGUUUGCAGAUGGCAGAAUUUGGCAAAGAUUCUGUGAAGAUCACAAAGGACGACUUUCGCUGGGAGAGCUAUGAGUUUUGGAAGAAUCAUGGAGCCCAGCUGCGCCAAUAGAGGCGUUGAUUUCUUUUGAACGCUGAAUAGAUUGAUAGAGACAUAGACAUGCAC